UGGGGCUCCGACAUUAGUCGGCAACAAGUGAAGAUAAUAUGUAUUGAUCACGAGAGAGAGAGUGGCCAUGGCGGAGAACGAGAAGGUCCAAGAACAUCAGCCGGAGUGGGCCCACGUGGCGUGGGCCCACCUAUCGGCCGUGAGGCAGCGAUCGCCGCUUGUCCAAUGCAUCACCAACUUCGUCUCCAUGGAUCUGAUGGCCAACACCCUCCUCGCUGCCGGCGCCUCGCCGGCCAUGGUCCACUCCCUCCAAGAGAUCCCCGACUUCACCCCCCGCACCGACGCCCUCUGCAUCAACAUCGGCACCCUGACGGCCGAUUGGAUGCCGGCCAUGAAGGCCGCGGCGAGGACCGCCGUGGAGUCCGGCAGGCCGUGGGUGCUCGACCCGGUCGCCGCCGGGGCGUCCACGUUCCGGCUGGAGGCUUGCCGAGAGUUGGUUGGGAUGAGGCCCACUGUUAUUAGAGGCAAUGGGUCUGAGAUUAUAGCUCUCUCUACAGCUUCUGUUGGAUCCAGUAAGGGUGUAGAUAGUUCUCAUGAAUCAAUCGAUGCUCUGCAAGCAGCAAAGUCUUUGGCUCAAGCAAGUAGCUGUAUUGUUGCUGUCUCUGGAGCUGUUGACUUAAUUACAGACGGACAGCGAGUUGUUGGAGCUCAAAAUGGUGUUCCCAUGAUGCAGAAGAUUACAGCAACAGGAUGCUCUGUCACUGCCCUGAUUGCUGCCUUUGUUGCAAUUGACCCAUUGCAUGCUUUUGAAGCCACAGCUUCUGCAUUAUCCAUUUUUAGUAUUGCUGGUGAGGUUGGAAUGGACAUGGCUAAGGGUCCAGCUUCGCUACGGAUGCAUUUGAUUGAUUCACUUUAUGGUCUUGAUGAAGCUGCCAUAGUUCAUGGUGUUAACAUCAUCAGCUUGUUGUGACACAUUUGGAGUAAUGUAAAUGCCAAUCGUGAUUCGUUUGGGCCGCAGUGAGUGAAUCUAAGAUGCAAGGGGAAGAACAAGGUGGGGGAAGAGAACAAAAAGGUUUUCACGUGGUUGGCCAGAACGAUGCCUACUCCACUACCGUAUCGUACCCUGAUUAUUAUUCCAGAGUGGUGGUAUCUGAUUAUUCUUUUCGACCCCCUAAUGAUAUUUCUGAUCCCCCUUUAUAAUGAGGGGCCUAUACAAUAUGCAUAAGAUAUAAAAAUAAAAAGAUGACAUAAUGGGGGCAAACAGUCAUUAUCUUCUGCAUAAAACCGGGAGUGGAGUCCUCAUUACGAGGAGCAUGAUUUGCCUUUGGAUAAAGUGAGUGGUCCCCGUCUCAGGCUUUUUAGUAGCCUUGUUACCUAUGCGAGCUGAAGGAUUUAGGCCAGCGAGCUGAGCGGUUGGGCUAGCGGACUGGGGGCUUUAUCGGAAGUUCGUUGAAUAGAUCUCAAGGAGCUCGCCAGAGGUCUUGCCUAGGGCAGGUUAGGAGCUUGCACGGGUCCGUGAUAUGAGCUCGGUAUUUCAGCGGUAUGCGAGCUUUCUUUGAUGAGAUCGCUUGGACCUUCUGGGCUUCAGGCGAUUGGGUUGGCCCACUGGACUGAGUCUAGCCCAUAAGGGGUGAUGCGGGAAAUACGUAUAACACUGAUAUUUACUUAUGUUAUCCACUUGGAAUUUGUGGGAGAAGCAUACAAAAUAUUGUUUCUGAAGUAUGAAAUCUGCUUUAUUGUUCUCUUUUUA